UUCUCCUCGCCACCAGUGCGUGGAUUCACAGGAAUGGCAGUGGGGUAGGAUUUGGCAGUUGAGCUGGUGCGUAAACACCUGUUUCAUCGUCUGUCCUUGGGAGACUUUAGCGGGAGUUUCUGUAACCUCUACUGACAAACUAACACCAUGUCGGACUCGGACAUGGCUCGGAACCCGUUCGCGGCCCUCUUCCCGUCCAUGGUGGACGUGCAGGCCUUUGUCCAGAACUCCGCCGAGGUGUCCUCCCGGGAUUUCCCACUUGCAGUCACCGAGAAGGACCUCGCUACUCGUCGGAUGGAGUCCAGCGAGAGCUCGCCACCUGAAAUUAUCACGUCGGGAAGCCACGUAACCAGCGGCAUCGUGCCCGACGAACAGCAAUUGUUGUCGGCCGCACUCGAGGAUAUAUUCAGGGUCGUCGUGUCAGGUGACAUCGGUUCCAGGCCUAGCAAGGGUCCCUGCUGCGUUCUCCUAGAGGCAUUUAGGGAUUCCAAGAAGUGCCUUGAACUUGAUAUUCUUGACGAGGUGGUGUUCGAGAGGCUUGUCCUAGACGAUCCCCAGCACCACAUCGUACGCAAAAGCACAAUUGCGAGUGAAACUGCUGAUGCAUCAGAGCACAGGGUUUUCUUCUACCUGUACCAAUGCUACUUCAGGCUUCAAAAAGCAGUGUCCAAACUAAAGAAUGAAGAUUUCAGAACCAUUGAGAAAACAAUUGUUUGCCAAGCUUCAACAUGCCUUUGCCACUGUGACAUUUACCCUGGCAAAAAGAUACAGGAGCAAGUGUUCUACCUUUUGGAAGAGUACCAUGAUAGCUCAGGGCAUCAGGAACAUCUGGAGAGCUUUUUGCGGAAGUGUGCCGACUGCAUAAAGCAGCGUUUUGACGCUGGGGAGGAACAGGUGUCUCUUCUGGAGGUGCUGUCGCACUCAUUCGACAUUCUCCGGGCACGCUUUGCAAGGGUGUCCAUCGCCAGUCGUGAUCUCUUUGUGCUGCUCAACAUACUCAAAUACUUCACCCAGUCCACAUCCAUGGCAACCGCAAUGCUGGACUUCAGCACCCCGUCGGGCACAGGCGACCUUCGGAGCUUCCAAGAAAGCUUGCUGGGCUCACCGCUCUGCGUGUCGUGCCUGCCACGCAGGGAAACGGACCCCUUUGAGUUCUUUGAGACACCUUCUCAGUCCACCAUGCAGGAACAUUCCAUCACAGAAAGUAACCUCUGGCUGCCGCUGAAAGGGCUCGCUGCAGACAUGCACAACAUCUUCUACACCCUAUUGAGACUGUCUGCAGAGACCCGCAACAAGACGCUGACGUGGCUUGGUCGGUGCAUCGAAUCCUGUGCAGAUCGAGGCAAGCUGUGGAACAGUCAGGUGUCGGAACUGUUCCUGACGAUGCAGAGAGGUGACGGCUUUGCCCUGAACCUGGGCGCUGUGCUGCUGCGGCUAGCGCGGCCAUUUUCCGAGCCUUGCUCGCCCAAGCUGCUCAAGGUCGAUUACCGGUACUGCUCUGUCGAGCCGCAAUCAGAGGAACAAGCUUCAAGCCUUAGCCUACAUCUUCGUGGGCUUACCAAAGAAACAUGCCUUGUGCCUCGGGAAGAAGGUGACACUGCCCAGCCCCCUGUUACCAGCUUCAACUUCCCGACUGAGUGUUUCUUUGCCUGCCAUCGAGUGCUUAGUCUCGGCUUUCGUGUGGUGCAUGAACGGCUUGCCAGGCUGAGCCAGGACCUGAAUCGAGUUCGCAGGGUGUAUGAGGAGACGCGUGCACAAGGGGGCGAGUCUUCAGAGGUGGGCCGUAGGCUGCAGGAAAACAUGGAAAAAGGCAUGACACGUUUCCUGUCACUGAAGGCGGCUCUGCUGGAGCCAGCCUCCCUCGAGCAGAUGCUGCGGUUCCAUGUGGCAUCAGCAACCUGGCUCUGUCAUGUAGCCACUGAUCCAGACUUGAACUCAUUCCAACCGCUGGUGUUGCCCUUUCCUGAGCAUGGUAGCGGCCGCCUGGCUCUCGUGCCCGAGUUUGUGGUGGAGAACAUUUGUGACUGCAUCGUGUUUGUCAAGAGGUUCAGCGAACGCAGUCUAGAGUUUGUAGGGCAGGACUUGGAACACCUUAUGACACUGGUGCUGGUGUUCAUGGGCAGCCCACAGCGCAUGAACAACCCUCACCUGCGAGCACGGCUGGCCGAGAUGCUCGAGGUUCUUAUGACCUCCUCCGAGGAUGACUCCUUCUCUGGAAUUGUUCCCUUGAGCAACAGGAAACGGCUCUUCUUGCAGCAUCGUUUUGCAAUGGAACUGUCGCCAACACUCCUUCAUGUUUUUGUGAGCAUUGAGAUGACUGGACAGAGUGUGACAUUUGAACAGAAGUUUCACUAUCGGCGUCCAAUGUACACCAUUUUGGAGCAUCUUUGGAACAUACCCGGUCACAGAAACAAAAUGAAGAGUCUGGCUGCUGAAGCAGAAGCAAACAUUGAGUGUUCCACGCCUCCCCUUUUUCUGAGAUUCAUCAACUUGCUCAUCAACGACGCUAUCUUCCUUUUAGAUGAAGCCCUUUCAUACAUGAGCCGGCUGCGGGAGCUGCAGCAGCCUGGACAAGCGGCGGAGGCCAACCUGCAGCACCUUGGCAUGCUGGCCCACUUCCACAAUGUCAUGGGCACCGAGACCAUCCGCACAUUGGCAAGGCUCACGGCUGAGGUGACGUCCAUCUUCUGCCAUCCCACCAUGGUAGACCGCAUUGCGACCAUGCUCAACUACUUCCUCCUGCACCUCGUUGGGCCACAAAAGAAGAACCUCAAAGUGAAGGACUUCAGCGAGUAUGAGUUCAAACCUCAGGAGCUGGUCCAAAACAUCUGCAAAAUCUACACUAAUCUAGGCUCGGCGGAUUCCCAAACGGCUCAGGCAUUUUGCAUCGCAGUGUCCAGGGAUGGCCGGUCGUACAGUCCCGACUUGUUUCCACAGGCACAGAAGGUUCUCAUGAAAAUCAGGCAAGGAACCCUCUCUGUGGCUGUGGGUGAGCUGGCCGAGAAGAUCAAGAAGGCAGCCUCCCAACAGAAGCAGGAAGAUGAAGCCACUGGAGAUGCUCCCGAGGAGUUCCUGGACCCCAUCAUGAGCACAAUCAUGACCGACCCAGUGGUGCUGCCAAGCUCGGGCAUUACGAUCGACCGUUCCACCAUAGCAAGGCACCUCCUGAGUGAUCAGACUGAUCCGUUCAACCGAUCCCCUCUGACAAUGGAGAUGGUGACACCUAAUGAAAGCCUCAAGAAGAAAAUCCUGGAAUGGAGAGCAAAAAGAAUCCAGUGAUGCUAGCUCAUUUUAUGUUCUGUUAAGUUUUUGAAAGCGUCUAUCAUCCCUUGGUUUUGUUAUCCAUGUCCUGUACAUAUUUAGCAGAGAGAAUAAAUCUGUUAUUUCCCAA